CACGUGUCUGUGCCUCCCGGCACCUCAGGGGUUAAUAAGCCUCCCUGACACCUGUAGCUGCACCCCCACCCCCCCUGGUCAGGUAGCUGCCCCCCUGCCUGGGCUCUGGGGGUUCCCUCCCACCUGUUGGGGUGUAGCUGGCACCCCCUAAUCCCGCUGUGCCCCCCCAGGCAGGAGCAGCAGUUCCCUUUCCCACCCCAGAGGGGGGCAGCAGUGAGUCCCACUCCCUUAUCUUCCCAGGCAGCAGGGGGGGGAAAGUUCUGCCGAAAACUUCCCGGCUCCUCUCACAGCCCCAGCAGCUCUCUUCCCAGUGAGAUGGGGGCCUGACUGCACCCCUGCCUGACUGCACCCCUGGAAUGUUUAACCCUUAAUCUGCUCCUCAUCCCAACGCCUGGGGGGGGGCCCCGCACUGCCACCCUGAGAAUCCCCCGACACUCGGACAGCAGGGCCCGAAUCCCUCCGGCUUGUGGCUCAGCGCACAGUCAUUUUAAUGAAUUCAGAAGCAACCGACCAGUGACGAGCGGCCGCCUGCUUUCCUUCUCAACCUUGACUGUGGUUCCUGGCAAAUUGGGAAAGGUUCUGAGGGGGUUAUGCCAUCAACCUCUGAAGUUCUGACCGGUGUGGUAGGAGAUCACCUCAACGACGAGUGGAAGGAGGACCCAUUCCUAAGGAUGUCUUCCAAGCAAGCCGCCUCUCCAUUCACUUGUAAAGCGGAAGGAGAGGAAGAGAUGACUGGGGAUUUAGCGUCAAGAGAAAUGAACGAAUGCAAAGAUCAGAUCAUGGCCUCCCACCUACCCCUGCACCCCCUCAAUCACAACAAACCUCACUCUGAGGAGCUACAGUCACUUGUCACUACCCUCCCGGCCGACCUCGACUGGGACAGCAUGAUCUCUUCCCAACAUAGAAUGGACUCAGAGAGCAAUAAACUCCGUUCCCUGUACUCCUUCCGAACCUCGUCUACCUCACCCCACAAGCCUGACGAAGGGGCUCGCGAGCGCAGUGACCUUAUGAGCAGUGUUAAUUUCGGGACCCCCGAGCGGCGGAAGGGCAGUUUGGCCGACGUGGUGGAUUCGCUGAAACAGAAGAAACUGGAGGAAAUGACCCGGUCCGAGCAGGAAGAUUCUACUUGCGUGGAGAAAAUUCUUUCGAAGGACUGGAAAGACAAAAUGGAUCGAUUGAACACCAGUGAGCUUCUCGGGGAGAUUAAAGGCACACCGGAGAGCUUAGCGGAGAAAGAGCGGCAGCUUUCCACCAUGAUCACCCAACUCAUCAGCCUCCGAGAGCAACUCCUGGCGGCGCACGAUGAGCAGAAGAAACUGGCAGCUUCACAGAUAGAGAAACAGAGGCAACAAAUGGACUUGGCGCGGCAGCAGCAGGAACAGAUCGCACGGCAACAGCAACAACUCCUGCAGCAGCAGCACAAGAUCAACAUCCUGCAGCAACAAAUUCAGGUUCAGGGGCACAUGCCCCCCCUAAUGAUCCCGAUAUUCCCACACGACCAGCGCACGUUGGCGGCAGCAGCGGCUGCGCAGCAGGGAUUCCUCUUCCCCCCAGGACUUUCCUACAAACCAGGUGAUAACUACCCCAUGCAGUUCAUUCCAUCUACAAUGGCCGCCGCCGCCGCCUCGGGGCUGAGUCCUUUGCAACUGCAGCAACUCUACGCGGCGCAGCUGGCGAGCAUGCAAGUGUCCCCCGGUGCCAAAAUACCCACAACACCACAGCCGGCAAAUGCCCCGGGAACCCUGUCACCCACAGGCAUGAAAAGCGAGAAGAGAGGGACCAGCCCCGUAGCACAGAUUAAGGAUGAAGCCGCGCAGCCUCUGAAUUUAUCCGCCCGACCGAAAACAGCCGAUCCCAUCAAAUCUCCCACAUCCCCGACCCAAAGCUUCUUCCCAGUGAGCAAAACCAGCCCCGUGAGUCUGUCCAACAAGAGCGGCAUCCCCAGUCCCAUACGGGGCCCUUCCCUAGAUAUCCUUUCUAGUCUUAAUUCACCUGCCCUGUUUGGGGACCAGGACACAGUCAUGAAGGCCAUCCAGGAGGCUCGGAAAAUGCGAGAACAGAUUCAGAGGGAGCAGCUGCUUACGCCGCACAGCAUCGACGGGAAACUGCCCAUCAAUAAUAUGGGGCUGAACAACUGCCGGAGCGAUAAGAUGCUGCUAGAUGCCGUCACUGGGAAGAUUUGCAUUAGGAGCGCACACACAGAGAGAACGCACUUUGAAAAUCUGGGCCCUCAGUUAACCGGGAAACCCAACGAGGAUGGGAAAUUGGGGCCCGGAGUCAUCGAUCUCACAAGACCUGAAGAUGUUGAGGGUGGCGCCACUGUGGUGGAGGCUCGAGUGUACAGGGACACGCGGGGUAGGAGUAGCAGUGAACCUCAUAUCAAGCGACCAAUGAAUGCUUUCAUGGUUUGGGCAAAGGACGAGAGGAGGAAGAUUCUCCAAGCUUUCCCCGACAUGCACAACUCCAACAUUAGCAAAAUAUUAGGUUCUCGUUGGAAAGCCAUGUCAAACCAGGAGAAGCAACCAUACUAUGAAGAACAAGCUCGACUAAGCAAGAUCCACCUCGAGAAAUACCCUAACUACAAAUACAAACCUCGGCCGAAACGUACCUGUAUUGUCGAUGGCAAAAAGCUCCGCAUUGGAGAGUACAAGCAGUUGAUGAGGUCUCGAAGGCAGGAGAUGAGGCAGUUCUUUACUGUUGGGCAACAGCCUCAGAUACCAAUCAGCACACCGACCGGGGUCGUGUAUCCCGGCACCAUUUCCAUGGCAACAACGACACCAUCACCUCAGAUGACCUCAGACUGCUCCAGCACGUCGGCCAGCCCCGAGCCCAGCAUCCCCGUCAUACAGAGCACAUACGGCAUGAAGCUGGACAGUGGGAGCCUCGGCGGCAACGACCUGAUGAACGGAGAAGAUGAAAUGGAAAUGUACGAUGACUUUGAGGACGAUCCCAAAUCGGACUAUAGUAGCGACAACGAAGCCAACGAGGCUGUUAGUGCCAACUGAGGAACCAGUAACGGACACUCAAAGCGGAAAAAAAAAAAAUUAACUCUUGACUUUCUUGGAGUUCUUAAAAAAGCCUGCAUGCAUCUGUGGCUUCCCCAGUUCCAUCAGCAAAAUGGUCUUAAAUAUUUCUCCGUGUGUGAGACGGUCUGACGCACCAUAGUUUUUUUUUCUCAAACUUGCUUUUUUUUUUUUUUUUCAAAAAUUUAAGUGAAGACAUAAAAAAAACAAAAAAAUCAGGACGCCAGGACUUGAAAACUCAAACAAAUCCCAUAGCUGUCUUCUAAGUCUUACGUUUUUAGCGUGUUUUCCUUCUUUUGAAUGCUGGUAGGACGUUAAGUUACAAUUUUUUGGUUUUGUUUUUUUAAAGAUGGGGGUUAUUCAGUCUCACUCAGGUAUGCUGUGCCAGCCAACGGGUUGUGAAUGUGUUUUUAUGAUGAAUUUCAUUAGAAGAUUAGAUUUGUACACAUUGUGAAACAUAACGCCACUGCACGGAAACCGUAAAAAAACGAAACGUGCAGGGCGUCUCCCGACCGGCCCCCCCUCGACGACCGUGCGUUGAAACUUUUUAAUGUGCCAAACAUUUCACUGUUGUUAAACCCGAGCAUCUGACGUCUUAAGGGAAAGACUCGCCCGAGACCAGGAAGUGGGCGUGCCCAAGGCGGAGUCUGACGCCUCUUGAAUUCCCACAACAAAAUCUUUUCCGCGGGGAACGUUGAAAAAGAAAUAUGCAGGAAUCUGUAGAAACAAUUUGUGUGUUUUUGAGGAUUCGUGUCGAAGUGGGAAAUGUGGGGACAAGUCAGCGCAACUAACAGAUAACAAGUUGCACCAUUUGGUGAUUUGUUGCCCCUUUGCAUUCAGUCUUAACCCAUUUACCCCCUUAAUUCAAUGUUGUUCAUUCCAGAAUGCCAAGGGUCCAGAUGCAUGAUCCAUUUGAAAUCCUUCCUUGUUUCAAACCCCUUAACCCAUCACUAGAACCGGCCAACAUCAAUUGGUUGCCUACAAAUGUAGCAUCACAGCGCGCCCCCAAGGAAAAUAUUUUUGGGUUCAGUUUCUUUGAAUUGGAAAAUAUUUAUUAUAUACGAAUGAAGUCUGUGGUCCUUCAGCCUUUUAGGUGUUUCCAAUGUAAAAUUCAACUUAGAACCUGCACAGAAGUGAUGGGGAUUAUGGAUGUUGUAGGGUAGAUUUACAUCUGGGUUCUAGACUCAUUUGGGCAAUUGCAUUACAGAUCAAAGCCUCAGAAACCUUCAAAAGAGCAGCCAUUUUAGAUCUGGGGGACUGAAAUAGGGCCCCUGACACAAUUGAGGUCCUGCCCUGGGGACGUAUGGUCACCAACAUCGCCCUUCAUGAAGCAUGUGUUCAAAAGAGACAAGAUCUGCCUUUUUUGGUGGUAGUCAUCUACCACACUUAAAGAGGCGUUCGACAUCCCUUAAUAAAUUCUAUGGGAAAAGUCUGAGGAACCACCACCAUGUUUUAGGCCCCUGCAUGAUCUGCAGAAGAUUGGAACAUUGUAGGUCAAAAGAGUCCAUUCAUAGAGACAUAAACUUGGGGAAUUCUGUUGCACACACAUCCAGUUACACUCACUCUAUGGGUCGACCUAGUGAGCCCCUUCAUUUAAGUUGAGUAGCAGCAGAAGCCUCGUCGCUCGUUGGACUGAAAGUCGUUUUUACACAUUCGGCAUUUUUCAGGUGAAUAGAAAUUCAUGUGGGUUUUAUCCAUCAAACUCUGGAACCAAGGGCUACAUAAAGUAGAGGUGUGUUGAUGUUGAGGCUUGUCCUCAGGCCGAUGUGUAACUUCUCUACUGGCUCCGGCCUCUAAACAAACCCCCGGCAGUGUUAAAAUGGUUUUCUCCAUUGUGUGAAGGAUCGGGAAAAUGCUGAAUAAGUAGAAGCCAAAAAAACAGGUUAAGAAUGUGCCAAAACUUGAUUUACUGGGUAUAACAUGGGGUGUAUAGAGUCAUGUCUCUAAAUGAAUUGAUUGGGGUUUUAGAAGUCUUAAUGUUGCUUCUAAUGGAGGCACUUGGCCUAGAAUUUAAUUUCUCUAAUGGUCACCAUAGACUGUAUGUCUUUGCCCAAGAUCUGGUGGGGUGAUCUGGGAUAUGUAGUUCAGCAGAAGGCUAGUCAACAAUCAUCUUGCCUCCCCCUAUAGGUAUCCAGAGUCUGAUGUCCCAUUGCUGGAAGUGGAAGGGAUUUGUAUGUAGCAAAUUACCCCAAACUUUUCUGCCUAGACCAGCGGUUCUCAACCUGGUCCCUUUGGGGGGUCGAACAACCUUUUCACAGGGGUCGCCUAAGACCAUUGGAAAACACAUACUUCUGGAAUAAUUUUAUGAUUGGGGGUCACCACAACAUGAGGAACUGUAUUAAAGGGUUGCGGGAUUAGGAAGGUUGAGAACCACUGGCCUAGACCUUGGAUGCCCCCCCAUGCCACAUUUGUUACAGUUAUCAUGUGAUAGACGGGGUUAAGAGGAUAUUUCUUAAAAAAAAAACUAUUUCAUAGCAAUGGAGAAAAUUUCACACAUUGAGAAACAAGGGUUGACUUUGUGCUCUAUCAAGACAAGGUCAAGACCAUAGAGAUGAGAUGGUUGGUAAAAUGGCCGCCACGUGAUCAUUCAGGGGUGCAGGUUCAAGAGGCAGAUCUUCACGUUGGGUAUAUUGCACGCACCUUAGGAUUUUGGGGGAAAACGAUCAAAUCUGAAAUUUCAGGCUCCCGUUCGACCCCCUAUAUUUAAUUUCCACCAAAAAAAGUAUUAACUAUCAAUUUUAAAUCCAAUUUCAAUGUAUUUAAAAUUCAACGUUUCGUAGUGUGUUAAAACAUUUCUCCGGCGUCCGUGAUUUAAUGACUUUUCUGCACAAUUCCUACAGUUGAUUUUUUUUUUUUCCCUUCCCUGUGACCAUUGGGGGAGAAAAAAAAAAAAAAGGAAAGGAAAAUAUUUCACGGAGGCUGGAAAAGAACAAAAGGACUUUUCUUUCAUAGUGAAACUUGAUUUUACUUGUAGUUCAGAAACUCUCGCAGCCGCAGCCGCUGUCUCUCGAAGUGUUUCGAGCACUGGAUAUAAAUGGUAUUUUUUAUCACUUCUGACUAAUGUGAAACUGUUGUACGAGAAAACGAAAUGAAA